CCCCAGCGCCCGGAUUGGCGGGUCUCGCUGACCACUCAGGAAAGGCCCAGGCUCCCGUCGAGCCCGGGGAGUCGAGCUGAGCCUAGCCGAGCGGGGCGGCAGGCGGCCCCGGCCCAGACCCUGCGAGCGCCCCGGGGCACUCCCGGCCGAGGCCUUCAGAGGGCAGCCCCGCGCGGGGAUGGGGCCCCGGGGGGCAGGCACCUCUGGGUCCUGUGGCUUGCAGGGUGCCAGUGCCAGCUGGGGAUGCGUCCGGGCGCCCCCGACCCUGAGACUGAGGUUCUCGGGGCUCGGGCUCGGGAGUGGCGGGCUGGCCUGUCAUGAAUGUUCCUACACUCAGGAGUACACCUCACAGUCUUCUAUAGCCUCCGGAGUGAAGUUCCCUGUGUACAGGAUUCUAACUUGGAGGGACCAUGGAGCAGUAUACAGCGAACAGCAAUAGUUCAACAGAGCAGAUUGUUGUACAGGCUGGACCAAUUCAGCAGCAGCAGCAGGGUGGUGUCACUGCUGUCCAGUUGCAGACUGAGGCCCAGGUGGCAUCCGCCUCAGGCCAGCAAGUCCAGACCCUCCAGGUAGUCCAGGGGCAGCCAUUAAUGGUGCAGGUCAGUGGAGGCCAGUUAAUCACAUCAACUGGCCAACCCAUCAUGGUCCAGGCUGUCCCUGGUGGUCAAGGUCAAACCAUCAUGCAAGUACCUGUAUCUGGGUCCCAGGGUUUGCAGCAGAUACAGUUGGUCCCACCUGGACAGAUCCAGAUCCAGGGUGGGCAGGCUGUGCAGGUGCAGGGCCAGCAGGGCCAAACCCAGCAGAUCAUCAUCCAGCAGCCCCAGACAGCUGUUACUGCUGGCCAGACCCAGACGCAGCAGCAAAUUGCUGUCCAGGGGCAGCAAGUGGCACAGACUGCUGAAGGGCAAACCAUCGUUUAUCAGCCAGUUAAUGCAGACGGUACCAUUCUCCAGCAAGUUACAGUCCCUGUUUCAGGCAUGAUCACCAUCCCAGCAGCCAGUUUGGCAGGAGCACAGAUUGUUCAGACAGGAGCCAACACCAAUACAACCAGCAGUGGACAAGGGACUGUCACUGUGACACUACCAGUGGCAGGCAAUGUGGUCAAUUCAGGAGGGAUGGUCAUGAUGGUGCCUGGUGCUGGGUCUGUGCCUGCUAUCCAAAGAAUCCCUCUACCUGGAGCAGAGAUGCUCGAAGAAGAGCCUCUCUAUGUGAAUGCCAAACAGUAUCACCGCAUACUUAAGAGGAGGCAAGCCCGAGCCAAACUAGAGGCAGAAGGGAAAAUUCCAAAGGAAAGAAGGAAAUAUCUGCAUGAGUCUCGGCACCGUCAUGCCAUGGCACGGAAGCGUGGUGAAGGUGGGCGAUUUUUCUCUCCAAAAGAAAAGGAUAGCCCUCAUAUGCAGGUAAGAAGACUUCUUACUUUGUAUUUUCUCAGGUGGAAUCUUCUGCAUUUUCUAAGUUUUUUCCCCCAACUGAAUAUUUACAGCAACCUAAAGCUCUAGGAGGAUCCAAACCAAGCAGAUGAAGAAGCAAUGACACAGAUCAUCCGAGUAUCCUAACCCCAGGCCAUGUGAUGGAGAUGAUCAAGGUCAUGUUCCUCACCACUGUUCCAGGAAAUUGAUCACUUCUUCCGAUGGGACACUGAUGAUAACAUUCUGCCCUUUUCUGCAGGACAGAAACCCACUUAGUUUUUCAAAGUGGCUUGGUAUUAUAAUUGCAGCGUUGUCUGGCAAAUUGAAGUUGCAAGGCUUUGUCUCACCCCUUCAGUCAGGACUAUUUUAGACUGUUGAUGACAUUGACGUUUCAUGGACUAGGAUGAUGCGAAGGACUCAUGCCAGCCCAACAGUACCACACACAGCACUUAGAUGUUGACUGGUGAAGCCAGCCAGCCGUCUGAGCAGGGGAGAACAACCUUCUCAAGCUAAACUACAAUCCGGGAAGCUGAAGCCCACUCCUUCCCAUGGAAUCUAAACACCAUCUCAGGCUAAGUGAAUGAACACUGUAUUCAGAGAUGACUUCCAGGCAUGGAAGUUCAAUCUCAUGGAAAUAAUAAAUUCUCUGAGAUACAUUCAUCUAAUCUGUGGUAAUAAUAAGAAUGUCUGCGCAGAUGAUAGGUUGGUAUUUUUGGACUCCAAGCCAAGAAAAAGCUAAUUCUGGGGAUAGAAUGAUAAAAGAAUCAAGCACUAAAAAUAAUUGCUGAAUCUUUUUUCAUUUUGGCCAGUUGUGGUCUGCUUGUCCAUCUGUUGACAGGUCAUCUGGACCAUAGUUCUUACUAUGGCUACUUGUAAGACAAUUUAGAAGGUAUUGGACCUUGAAACUUCCUUUCCUAAGUAGAGAACAAAAUAAUACAACUAUGCUGAAGUGCUGAGGACACUUGUAGUAACUCCUAAACGGAGAGGCAAACUAGAGAUUUUCAAUCAUAGGCUUAGUGACAGCAUUUGGAAAAUAGAAGGGUUUGUGUGUGUUUCAGUCUAGAAGAGAGAGAGGUAAUAUACCCAUGUGUUGUCAUAUAGCAUGAUUCUUCAGUUGAUGGAUGCCUGGGAUGGAUCAUUAAGAUGAAGAGACUAAUUUACAUUUACACUAUAAUCUUUUAACAACCGAAAGAGAGAAGUCUGAGAUUUGGUCUUUGACACUUUUCUGGAAAGCACUGUUCAAUCAAGCUGUCCUGGACAUUCUCCAGGUUACCUCCUAGAACUCAACGUGGAUGUUGGCUUCACUCCUGCAAGUGCUUUGUGCUGGCCCCAGAAAACGGACAUUCUCAUGUUUCCCAUGGCAGCUGACUCAUUGGUGCCAGCUUCCAUUUGCUUCCCCCUUUCUCCAUAUGCCUUUGCAGGAAGGUUUUCACUUUGCAUCUACAUUUUGGGGACAAAUUACAGACUGGAACUAGAGAUGGCUGUAGUGUAAGGAAUUGGGCCACAGUUCCCAGAAUGGGUUGUGUCUCAUUUCUUUUCUAGAUGUUGAACCCUGGUAGAAAGUGAUACUUCAGAAGAGUUUCUGCCUACUCUGGAAACAAAGAAGGAAAACAAUUCUUUUUGACUUAAUAACCAAGAGUAAAGAUUGGCUCUUUUUAUAUUUUACUCUAAUUGUAUUAAGAGAUAAAAAGUAUUUCACUCUCUAAAGAAAACAUCAUAAGCAUUGUAAUGGUCUAAAUAGAGGUACAGAGCUAUGCAAAGAAAGCAGGAAGUGAAAUAUAUUUCUAAUUCCUGAAAUCGAAUCAUCUCCUGGCUUCCAGAUGUCAGAAAUGGAGGACUUAUUCUUUGGUAGACUCACUAGAAACUUCUGGCUCAUUACAUGAGUUUUAGAUGUUAAUUUAUCCAGUAAUCCCCAAAUUUGUCAAAUGACAGGUUACUAAAAACAAUGAGAAAUUUAUAUCCCUUGGUUUGUUUAGGAAUCUUUAAGAUGCAGAGUUCAGGAAGAGAUUCCUCAGACCUAAUUUCUAGUACUUAAGCCAGUAGUUCUAAAAUGCUAUUUAUUUGUGUCUGUAAGUUUGUACAUAGUAAUUCCAGCCUCAUUGUUGCGGAAUUAUUUUUUCAUGCAUUUGAGUUUUGCUUGAAAUUAAAUGCUUCAGUUGUCAUUAUUGUCAUUGCAUUUCAGCUAAUUCAUGGCCCUUUUAUUGUGGUCAUUUUUAGCAUAUCAUAAUAACCCACAAAGUGGGGUUGAGGUGGAUUAAGGUUUGGAUUUUUUUCUUUAUUUGUUGCUAGAAGUUCUUUUAUUCAUUUUUCAUUUUGACUGUAGUGAUGACUUUUAGAUAUAGAGUGAAUGGAUGAGUGAAUAAUUGGUUUAAUAGUUACUUUACUUCAUGAAUGCUUUUUUUUUGCAGGAUAAUUGUAUAUAUUUUAAUUGUAUUGGUACAUUGAACAUGUCAGUGUCUAUAUCACUGGACCAACAACAUUUUUGGCUAUUGAGUGCCUGAUAAUAAUGUCUUGAUUUUCCUUUGGGACUCAGUUAUAUAUAUUUUCCCCUCAGCAGUAGGGGGAGUACAAGUGAUCUGAUCAUUGAUGUCAUUGCAAUUGUUAUUUUUAAAAAUAAAUUUAUGAGAAAGUGA